UGCACACGCGUGUAUGUGUGCGGUCAACGUGUUUGAGAAAAACACAGUUCAUAAACUCGCAUCAGUAUUAAAUAUAUAAAACAUCUGAUACAUUUUAAGGAUAUUAAUAAUAUAUUACACAGACAUGCUGACGGAGUGAAACACAAACACGAGAAGUGAGUGAACGACAUUGACGUCAUGCAGAAACAGUCUGUAAAGAGUAAAAAGAGCAGAGAUGUUGGGCAGGCUGAGGAUUAUACAGUGGGUCAGGUGUCUGGAAGUCUCUUUCCAGAAAAACCCAAAUCUGGAGCUUUAUCAUCUUUAUUCUCCACAUCAUCAUCGGCCAGUGCACUAGUCUUCGUUCCUGCACCCAAAUUGGAAACUAAAGCCACAACCUCAUCAACCAGUACCGCUGACAGAUCUGAUGAUCAGAAUCUAAAACAGAAGAAGAUUACAAAGCCGGUAUCAGCGGCAGAAAAGAAGCUACAGGACAGAGAAUCAGCUUUACAAAACGCUGAUGAUGAGGGACAAAAAAUCAAGAAGCCAAAACGCAAACAUGAAACCACAGAGGAAACAGGGCAACCGAUUAAACGCAAAAAGCCGAUGAAGAAUCACGCAGAAGAGCGAAUCAAAAUGAAAAGGACUUUGUUUGUGGGGAAUCUGCCUCCUAACUGUUCAAAGAAGGAUCUUAUGACCUUGUUCAGAGAGGCGGGAGCAAUCGAAUCAGUUCGCUUCCGUUCAGUGAUUCGGGAGGAUCCGACCAUGACUCGCAGAGUGGCGGCCAUCCAGAGGAAAGUUCAUCCCAAAAAACAGAAUGUCAAUGCUUACGUCGUCUUCAAAGAGGAAGAGGCGGUGGCCAGCGCCCUCAGAUGGAAUGGGCAGGAAAUUAAGGAGGGUUUUCAUAUUCGAGUCGACCGUGUUUCUCAACAUUCAUCACAUGAUCAUAAACGGUCGAUUUUUGUGGGCAAUUUACCAUACGAUAUAACAGAGCUGCCGUUACGCCAGCACUUUGAGGAUUGUGGUAUGGUGGAAGCUGUGCGUUUGGUGCGAGAUAAAGAUUCUGGGAUGGGAAAAGGGUUCGGCUAUAUCCUGUUUGAGAGUUCAGAUUCUGUGAUGUUGGCAUUGAAACUGGACGGCUCCAGAUUACUAGAUCGAAAGAUCCGAGUAAAACGAUCGGUGAAGAAGGAUAAAGUAAAGAAAGCCGAUCCAGGACGAUUUUCAGGAGGAAAACCUGCUCCAGGAAGUGACAGAAGAGGAAACGGACCGAAAGCAGGUGGAUUUCAAGAGCAGAAGAGGAAUGAUUAUAAGGGAGGGAGAAACUUCAUUAAAAAUCAAACAAAUGCUUCUUUCAAAGGAGAGAUGGCAGAUCCUGCUGCCAAAAAGGGCAAAGGACAGAAAAAGAAAUUUAAAUUAAAAAAGAAGAAAAACGCUGCUCACAUUUAAAGUGGUUUAUAUGUUUUAUAUUCUCACAAAACCAUCAAUAAAAAGGUCUGUGAAUGAA